UGAGUGCGGAAGUGAGCUUCCAGAAACAAAGCCGACACAAACUCUGACAGUUCCUGGUCCCACUGUGGACGCGCGGUGGUUUUACGCAGAAGUUCAGCCUGUGACGCACACACCUGCUCGUGGAUGUGUGUUCAAGUGUGUGUGAACAGUUAAAUCCACGCAUCAGAAUGCCACAGACUGCAUCAGACGGGGCGUCAGGGGACGGAUUCCACGGUCGGUUGCAGGAAACGGCGGCUCCGUCAGUGGGACAGAGCGUCUCCAAACCCCGGCCCUUCGUGUUCCUGGUGUCCGUCGUGGGUUCCGCCGUGGCCGUGGCCGCCGUGGGCUGCUUCUGCGCACUCCUCUACCCCAUACUUAAAGAGCUGCGAGCAGAGAGGGUGAGAGGACAAGAUGGGACGGAGCAGAGGAUUCUGGGUUUCUGGAGUAUCUUGGUCCUGUCCUUGUUGGUGGGCUACAUCUGCUGUGUGCUCUGGUGGACUCUGGCCUACCUGGACUCGUACCGACCCGGUUCUGGAUUCCAGAACCCGCUCACACUGACCCACUUCAGAGACUCAUCUGGACAUGGGUUCCACUUGGAUUAUGGGAUGGCUGUUCUCAACGGUGUCAUGGCAACCCUUACUGUCAUCUGGAGCCUCACCUGAUACAGAAACACCGACGACUGGAGACAACUGCGAUAUCUGAUGAAGAACACUACAGGGAAUACAGCCAAUGAACGUGACAGAGUUGGAAAUAAGGACUUUAACCCUUUCACAGCUCAUUCAGUCUCCACUUAAAGCGACAUUUUUUACAGUAAUGAUUUCAAGUCUUAACCUUUUAGGAGUUUUUUUUUUUUUUUUUAACAUUAAAUUUUAAUAUCAAGAUUUCAAAAAGCUGUAUCUUGGAAGUGUUUAGAGAUAAAGUCCUACUGUAAAGGAGAGAAGUAUUAGGUAUAACUGAAGGUUUAUGAUGGGAGGAAAUGUACUCAUCUAAUUUACAUUUUGUGAUGUAACAGGGCGGUGGCCAUAUUGGAUUGCGUAACUUUUAGUAAAAUUAAACUUUGAACAUAUUUAC